GUUAUUUCGUCACUUUAUAUUGCAGUUAUGAAUUCCGAACCUACUGAUGAUGCUCUGUAUCCCAUUGCUGUUCUCAUUGAUGAGCUCAAGCAUGAUGAUGUAGUGCUGCGUUUGAAUGCUAUUCGUCGUCUGUCCACUAUUGCUCUGGCUUUGGGCCCAGAGCGUACCAGGGAUGAGUUGAUUCCCUUUUUAGAUGAAUCUGUCGAUGACGAGGACGAAAUUCUUCUUGCUCUUGCUGAAGAACUGGGUGGAUUUGUUGAUUACGUUGGAGGUCCUCAUUAUGCACAUAUUCUGUUUACACCUCUGGAAAACCUGGCUGCUGUCGAAGAAACAGUUGUUCGUGAAAAGGCAAUUGAUUCUGCUGCUAAAAUUGUCGUGACGCUUUCUCAGCACCAGAUUGAAGAGUUCUAUUUGCCUAUGCUCAAGCGUCUUUCAACCGGUGAUUGGUUCACCAGUAGGACUAGUGCUUGUGGUUUAUACGCUUCUGCAUACCCACUUGUAUCUCCUACGCAUCAGGAUGAACUUCGCACUCUGUACUCUCAGCUUUGCAACGAUGACACUCCUAUGGUCCGACGUGCUGCUGCAACAUGUCUUGCUAAAUUCACCAGAGCCUUGUCAAAGCCUCAUGUGAUUUCAAGCCUAUUGCCAUUUUUCAAUAGUCUUGCCCAAGAUGAGCAGGACUCUGUUCGUCUUUUGACUGUUGAAAGUCUAAUUUCAAUUGCCGAAAUCAUGCAGCCUGAAGAGUGUAAGCAGCAUCUUCUGACUGUUUUGCGUAGCCUGUGUGCUGACAAGUCGUGGAGAGUGCGCUACAUGAUUGCCGACAAGUUUAUUUCGCUUGCAAAAACCGUUGGUGCGGAUAUUAUAAAAGAAGAUUUGACUCCUGCAUUUGUUCAAAUCCUUAAAGACAACGAGGCAGAGGUGCGAACGGCAGCAUCUACCCAAGUUCCAGGGUUUAGCGCUCUUAUCCCUCUUGAUCUGAUUCUCAGUGAUGUUUUGCCCUGUGUCAAGGAGCUGGUGAAUGACUCCUCCCAACACGUUCGUGCUGCUCUAGCUACUCAGAUCAGCAGUUUGGCUCCUAUUCUCGGCAAAGAGCACACGACUGAGCACCUUCUUCCCCUGUUUCUGCAACUCCUCAAGGACGAAGCUUCGGAAGUUCGUCUUAAUAUCAUAUCGAGACUCGAUCGUGUCAAUGAAGUGAUUGGCAUUGAGUUGCUGUCUCAAUCUCUUUUGCCUGCCAUUGUUGAGCUUGCAGAGGACAAACAGUGGCGUGUGCGUCUGGCCAUCAUUGAAAACAUUCCACUUUUGUCGAGUCAAUUGGGUGUUGUAUUUUUUGACGAGAAACUGAGUGGUCUCUGUAUGUCUUGGCUUGGCGACUGUGUCUUUUCUAUUCGCGAGGCUGCUACCAAUAACUUGCGUCGUCUUGUAGAGGUUUUUGGUGUUGAAUGGGCUAAACAGACGAUUCUUCCCAAAAUUUUAGCUAUGGCUCAGCACUCCAACUAUCUGUAUCGCAUGACCACUGUUUUUGCCAUUGCGACUAUUGCUCAAGCUGCCAAUGCUGACGUGAUUAGCGAGUAUAUUGUUCCCACUGCCACGACACUCAGUGCCGAUCCAAUUCCCAACAUUCGAUUUAACGUAGCCAAAGCACUCGGCAUUCUGAUUCCUAUUGUCAAAAAGACAGAAAACAACACACUGCUAAAUGAUCAAAUCAAGCCUGCAUUGACCAAACUUUGCGAGGAUGCUGAUAUGGAUGUGCGUUACUUUGCUCAGCGUGCACUUCUUACUGCUUAACUCAUAAAACGGGACUGUUUACAGUCUUGGCUGUUAUGGGAUGAAUUAUGACUGGGUAUUCAGUACUCUUUAAAUAAAGCUGCUUCAAGGUUACAUUUGAGAUUUACACCAACAU